AUGAUGAUGACAGCAGUAGUUCAAGUUUAGAAGAUGACUCCGACAUAGAGAAGGAUGGCAGGCUUGCAUCAGCGUUAUUUUUACAGCAGAAAGAAAAAAGGGAGAAAAAAGACAAAAAGGAUGAACCAGUUUCUGAGUCAAGUCAAAAGCCUGAAAAUCGUACUCCAACUCCAGACAGAGUCAAAGACAAAGCACAAAAGAGGAAAGCAGAGAAAACCCCAGAAGGCAAGAGUGAUGUUACCAAGAAACACAAGGGUGAAAACAGUGAAGGUAUUACAGAAGAUGCCAUCAGGAGGUAUCUGAUGCGCAAGCCGAUGACCACCAAGGAUUUGCUUCAGAAGUUCAAGUCCAAGAAAUUGAACAUGAGCAACGAGAAGAUCACUCACGUCAUAGCUCAGCUGCUGAAGAAGAUCAACCCGGAGAAAAUGAUGAUACACAAGAAAUUGUAUUUGUCUUUAAAGAAACCGGAAUGA